AUGAAAUUUAUCGCCUUAUGCUUACAUCUUACUUUUAUGCAGUCUGCAUCUGCUGCUCCUCAUGGUAAUAAAAGUGUGGUGGAAUUGCCUCAAGCCCAUGUUAAAAGAGGAGCAGAAACUGAAAACGAUUAUGGCCCUGACGGUUUUGGAGAUUACAUGUGUACUGCACUUUUGGCUCGAAGUGAGCCAGAAACUGAAAAUGAUUAUGGCUCUGACAGUUUUGGAGACUACAUGCGUAUGGCUCGAAGUGAGCCAGAAACUGAAAAUGAUUAUGGCUCAGACAGUUUUGGAGACUACAUGCGUAUGGUUAAAAGGGAACCAAAGGUUGAAAACGAUUACGGCCCUGGCGAUUUUGGAGACUACAUAUGCAUGGCACCCGGGGUUAAAAGGGAGUUAGAAACUAAAAGCGAUUACGGCCCAAAUGAUUUUGGAGAUUACGUUAAAAGGGAGUCAGAAACUAAAAGCGAUUACGGCCCAAAUGAUUUUGGAGAUUAUGUAUGUAUGGCACCUGUGGUUAAAAGGGAGUCAGAAACUAAAAGCGAUUACGGCCCAAAUGAUUUUGGAGAUUACGUUAAAAGGGAGUCAGAAACUAAAAGCGAUUACGGCCCAAAUGAUUUUGGAGAUUACGAUGAAAUCACAGCACCAAGCGAUCGAAACAUUUGUCGCCCAGAAAGCGGUGACCAGCAAAAUCUAUCGGUACGUGUUCAAGCCAACAAAAGAUGCGCUGAUUCCGAGAGUGCUUGCCGUAGACGACGUCCAAACAGGCGCAGAUUCCGGUUACAAUCCUGCUCAUCGGCGCAGUCAUCAUCGUCAUCCAAUGACGAGGAGAUUACCGUAGUAGGCAAGGAUGAACGGACAAAUCUCGACGACUCAGCUCAGCGAAUAACCUUUUCACCGUCUGGAGAAGCAGUAGAAGGGAUGCAGGCACAGGGCGAAAAUCAGUUGAGUGAUAAGCUUCGCGAAAAGCAGAGACACCAGAUGAUAAAAGAGAAAGAUGAAAUCACAGCACCAAGCGAUCGAAACAUUCGUCGCCCAGAAAGCGGUGACCAGCAAAAUCUAUCGGUACGUGUUCAGGCCAACAAAAGAUGCGCUGAUUCCGAGAGUGCUUGCCGUAGACGACGUCCAAACAGGCGCAGAUUCCGGUUACAAUCCUGCUCAUCGACGCAGUCAUCAUCGUCAUCCAAUGACGAGGAGAUUAUCGUAGUAGGCAAGGAUGAACGGACAAAUCUCGACGACUCAGCUCAGCGAAUAACCUUUUCGCCGUCUGCAGAAGCAGUAGAAGGGAUGCAGGCACAGGGCGAAAAUCAGUUGAGUGGUUUGGUGCUGAUGAUCGUUCUUACUAACGUUGCAGCACCGAGCGAUGGCGUGCGACUGGUCCAGCCUCACGUGGCGGCUUUCGUGGAGCAUGAAGCGGUCGGUGACGGAGAACUGAUCAUUUCCGAGAGUGUGGUGCUUUCAGGCGGUUUGGUGCUGAUGAUCGUUCUUACUAACGUUGCAGCACCGAGUGAUGGCGUGCGACUGGUCCAGCCUCACGUGGCGGCUUUCGUGGAGCACGAAGCGGUCGGCGACGGAGAACUGAUCAUUUCUGAGAGUUCAGUGACAUGGAUCUCAAGUGCCAGUGGCCUGGGCUUCUGCCUCACUUAUCCCUCAAUUAUCCUUCAUGCUAUCUCACGAGAUUUGGCUGGCUUCCCAGAGGAAUGCAUCUAUUUGCUGGCUGAUGCAAAGAGUUCCGACAUUGGUAUUGCUGAUGCUCCGCAACAGCCAACGAGAAGUGGCGAGGAAGUUGUGAUGGCUGGCGCUGAAGUGGCAGAAGAUGGUGAGGAAAGUGAGGAGGAUGAGGACGAGAAGCCACAACUGACGAUACGUUUUGUGCCCCAGGAUAAAAAUAUAUUGCAGAAUAUCUACCAACAGAUGUGUGAAUGCCAGGAAUUAAAUCCGGACGAAGGUGAUGAUUUUUCGGACGAUCUCUCAGCAGAUGCGGAAAUCGUGCAGAAUAUCUACCAACAGAUGUGUGAAUGCCAGGAAUUAAAUCCGGAUGAAGGUGAUGAUUUUUCGGACGACCUCUCAGCAGAUGCGGAAAUCGAUGAUGGAACGAAUGGAGCUGGCGAUACAGACUUUUUUGGUCCUGAUGCAGGCGAUAAUCAGCAUAUUGUUUAUAUUCGCAACGCUGAAGUAGAUCGACGCGGACAUACAACAAACGGUGAUGAUGGGACGAAUGGAGCUGGAGAUACAGACUUUUUUGGUCCUGAUGCAGGCGAUAAUCAGCAUAUUGUUUAUAUUCGCAACGCUGAAGUAGAUCGACGCGGACAUACAACAAACGGUGGUAUGUUAUUGUGUCCGUGUGUUAUAAAACCCGGAUCGGAUAAAUGCAUCGCUUACGAUUCUCGAUAUCAAGCAGCUUCGAUCGAGGAAGCACUUGUUGCGUUUCAAGAUGUUACACUUGAGGAUGAUAUUCUGCAAAGUCUUCCCGAUACCCAGAUUAACGCAGAUACGUUCAUGUGCCGAACACUGGAGUGUCAGACAUGUGCAGCAAUAUUACUCGAUCGUUUAAAGCGGAUUGGAUUAGUGCCAAACGACGUGCAAAUUUCAUUACCGUUGCCGCAUUAUGUAAAACCGGAAAAUUGCCACAGGAUUCGGUUUCUCAGGCCACAUUUUGUGCGAAAACCACCUCAACCUCCUGAUUACGUGAAGAAACUGAUUGAAGAGGGUUGGCGUUAUGCUGGUUAUGGGCGUACUGAGCAAAAUGUUUAUCAGCAGCCGCUUAUUUAUCCCGCUCGAGAAACCAAAUUCUGGUCAGCACCGCAGGCAGCACCCUCGUUUUCAUAUCGUCCUACACGGGAAUUUACGAGUGGAAUCUCGGAAAGCCAGGUGGAUUCUCUCAAGAAAGAAGUAAAGAGGGAAGUCGAGCCACCAGUGCUCGGCACACGAUAUGUGAUAUCGUGUGUCCGGCGUGGUGAGGUGGACGAUUCCGAAAAUUUGGCAAUAUGUGGUGCCUGUUGGACAUGGCGUAAAUUGCCACCGCAAUAUUUUCCACCACUGGUCAAUGAGCUUGUGUGCGGCGGUCAAAGCGAUGGACACUGCCUUUCGGGUUGGGGCCAAUGCCAACAAAAAUACCGCAAUUUUGAUGUGCUGCAUAACGUGAAUGGGGAGUGGAAGCCAACAACGAUCUCAACAGCCACAUGCUGCGAUUGUCGGGUCCGAGCUGGUACUCAGAUUCAUGCACUUGUGGUCGGCAACAUGUAA